AUGUUCGAGGAAGACGAUGAUGGAAAUAUAACUCCUCAAGUUGAUUCGGUGAAAAAAUUUUUAGAUUUAAUAACAAUUUAUGCAAACUUAAACGGUAUUGUUUCAGAGGAAAAAUUUUAUCUACACAGUUUUCCUCGAACUGGAUCGACAAUCAACCAAAAUGUUAUCGAAAGUUUUCACUUUUUCACCCUAACAACUUGGCUAAUCAUCUUAAUUGUAAUUUAUUUUCUCGAAUUUAUUUCAACUUACAAAAAUUUGUCUAAUCGCCUUGGUAAACAUUUGAUUAGCUCAGUGGUACAAUUACCAUCAACGAUAUUUUAUCAGUAUAUUGCUUAUCGAUCAAUCUUUCGACUAUCACAACUUAUUUUGAUUGUAUUUCUCACUAGUAUUUUCACUGCUUCUUUUAGCACUGGUACGAUUUCUGGUACAGGAGAUAUUCGGGUAAAUACCCUGAGAGAAAUCGUUGACUAUGACAAGACACCCAUUUUCUUCGAACGUAUCUCAAUGUUUGAUCUUUUUGAACGUAAAGUGACCAAGGAAUACGCGGAUGUGUACAAAUUAGCAGAAUCAAAGGGAACGGCAAAAGCCUUCACAAUCGGUGUCAAGACAAAAUAUCGUGAAUACUCAUCAGAUGUUGUGGCCAUUUUAUCCGACAAGGUCGGUAAAAUCGGUAAUGUAAUAGAUGGGACUGACCAUCCAGCGGCUAAAUACUCGUACUGGUCCGAGACACCUUUUUAUCGAGCAUCAAGUGGAUUCAUUAUGAAUCCAAAGCGAAAUAUCAACCAGAUAAAGAGAAGAUUAAAUUCAGUAACCUCUAAAUUGUUACAAUCAUCAUUGACUGAUUUUCUUUUUGUUAAAAUUGUCCGAGAAUUAGUUCAACGAAUACCAUUAUUCACUGUAACUGAUUUCCAGUUAAAUAAACGCACUUAUCCAAUCAAUAAGAUUCAAAUUAAAUACACACCGUUUGGAUUCAGCGGAUUAAGAUCUGUAAUUCAAAUUUCAAUCAUAAUGAUUUUGAUUUGUUGUAUUAUCAUUUUCUUAAUUGAAUUAAGUGUCGGUAAAAUAAUCUAAAUUGUAAAUCAUUUUCACGAAGUUCUUUUCUUUCUGAGAAAUUAAAUUUUCACUAGCUCGAUUUAAUAUUAAUAAUUUUAUUUUAUUUUAUUUAAUUUAAUUUCAAUAACCGAUCACCAAAUACUCACAAUAUUGAAAAUUGUCAACGUAUUAGUUAUUAUCAACAACUUUGUUGAUUAGAUAACUAAACUUACAUGUAUAUCUAACAUUGAAGCAAUGAUUUAAUCUAAUUGCUCUCAACUUGAUCAUCUAACCAAUUUAUUGCUCAUUAAUCAGAGAUUAGUGACUAUACAGAAAGCACCAAUCUCAAUUGCAAUGAUCAAUACCUAAUAUUCAUUUACAGUAGUUAUGCUAACGUAGUCACUGAUUGUUUUCAUUCAAAUUAUUUUAAAUAGAAAUAUGAAAAAAAGUUUGUUAAAACAUCAAAUGGACUGAGUAAAUGCCUUUACUUUAUCUACCCAAGAUAAUACUUGAACUAUGUUUGCCUGUGACUCUGUGAGCCCAUUGGAUCAAUUGAAAUCAUCAGGCGAACGUAAGGAAACUGGAGAUUCAAAGCCUAAGAGUAGAAAUGGAGAUAAAUUGGAAUUGAAACAUUUUCAUGAUCAAACAUUAGCUCAAGAUUAUGUUUGUAAAAUUUGUCAAUUUAUGGUCGUUGAUCCAAGGGAACACAAUGUAAUUGGAUCGACAUUUACCUGUGCAUCGUUAUUUUGUUACAAUUGUAUUUGUAAUUGGAUUAAAUCGGGUAAAAGUUACUGUCCAUCUCCAGGAUGUUUGACUAUUGGAUUUGAGGAAUCAGCUUUUCGGGAGAUUGGUGCUCGAGAUGUAGCUCGAUUAUCGGGACUGAUGAUGAACUGUCCUUUUUCGUGUGGAUUAAAACUCACUUAUUCUGAUUACACUUUUCUAUCUCAUCGGAACCAAUGUCCAUCUAAUCCAGAAAAUAUGUGUAAGAUUUGCAAGUCACCGAAACUGGACUCUGGCGGUGUACAUGAUUGUAGAAUCGUUUUCAAUGAGAUGAGACAGAAAAUAGACUCACUGAACAUUAAGGUCUCUGAAUUAACUCUUGUGAUUGACCAGCUACGAAGCGAAUUGGUCACAGUCAAGAAAGCAGAAACAAAUACAAAAACUGGACCAUUAGAAAGUAAAAAUACGACGAUUAUCAAAGAUGCGAAAGAAACGAAUGACCAGGAAGGAAAAGAAUCAAAUAAAGUACUGACCACUUUCUAUUCCAAUAGUUAUCUACCCAAACCUGGUUCAUUUUCCGGUGUUAAUCUGGUUUUCCAUUAUGGUGAAAGGUCAAUUAAUUUCGAUGAUGUUCAAUCUACUUAUACCAUUCGGACACUUCGAUCACUUAUAACCGACACUUUAGGCCACGAUCCUGGUCAAAUGUAUUUCAUGCGACACAAACUAGUGAACGAUAAAGAUAUAAUUAAAUAUUGUGGCUUCCGAAUGGGCAACAAUGUAAUUACAAUGCUUCGUACUGAUACUCCGAAUUACGGUAAACCAGGUUUCUCGAUAUCUCUCAAUUUACCUCGUGAAAGUCAAACGAGUGACGAUAGUAGACAAAACAGAUUGUUAAACUUUUACUCCAACAAUUUAGACUAUCAACAUGAAGCAAAUACUAUGAUUUUCACUCUCAUGUUUGGAAAAUCAAGAUAUAUGAAAGAUUAUAUUUACGUCGAAAGGACCAUGGGAGGUUAUCGUAAGCUAUCAGGUUUCACAAUCGGAUAUGACGCAAUUAAAAUGGUCUAUUUGACCCAUUUGACGCUCGAGGAUAAUAUAACUGUUAGUCAUUAUGGUUUUCCACCAGGAAGAACUGACAUCACUCUAGUUCCAGCUAAUUGUCCACUUACAUAUGAUGCUAAUGGUGCUCUUCAUUUGAACCAAUUCCUAACUCGUAAAGAUCUAAGAAACAGGCCACCGUAUGAAGCAUAUAAAACAUAUAACGAACCACCUUUAGUAAUCUACCAAGGUGGAGGAAAUUAAUGAUACCGUUUUCAGAAUUUUUUAUUUAAGAAUCAGAAUAUUCAAGAAUUAUGAAAAAUUGUGAAUAGAGAGCUGAAAGUCUCAACUUUCGAAAUAAGUUGAAAAAAUUAUUAACAAAUCAGUAAUUUUGCUAAUUAAUUAAUUUUUCUAAAAAUGUCCAUUUUGAAAAAUUUUAAUUUGAAAAGCCCCAUAGACUUAACAUGGAGGAAAAGUUCAAUUUAACAUGUAAAAAUUUUCCUCUUCAACUUUUUGUCUUUUUUGUAUCCUUUUCUAUGUUAAAACUCUAAAAAAUUUAAAAAGAGGUAAUUGCACUAAAUGGACAAUUGCGAGGAUAUUAUUUAAUUUACGAAAAAAUUAACUUCGGAUUUAUUAAUUUGACAUAUGAGAGCAGCAUGCUAAUCAAAAAAAUCAUUUCUAUCAAUAGUUUUUGAAACAUAAUUAAUUUUCAAAAUCGGUAUCAUUAAUUUCCUCCACCUUGGUACACCAAUAGAGAAUAGUACUCCAAUAGAUUGGACUGACAUGAUUUUCGAACUCAUAAUUUAAUAAAAUUCAAAUAUAAUACUGAGCAAUAGUCUAAUCUAAAUGUUGAUAAUAGUUAUUCUAACUUUCUGAUGAUUUAACCAAGGCGUUAUUUCGUUUAUCUAGUUAAUUAUUGUAUCGCGAUUAAUAUUGAUAACUUUUAGAUUGAUUCUACUCCCUUUUUACUGUUACAAUACAACUUAAGUCACCAUUGAUUGUAAUUUUUCAAUUUGUCAGCUUUUGAUUAAUAAUAUUAAUUGUAGAGAUAGUUGUUAACUGAAUUAAUAAAUGGACUUGUUGAAUGACUUGACUUCAUCUACUGGUGAUAAUCCUUUAAUUGUGUUUGACUGUGACUCUGUGAACCCAUUGGAUCAAUUGACAUCAUUAUGUGAACGUAAGGAAACUGGAGAUCCAAAGCCUAAGAGUAGAAAUGGAGAUAAAUUGGAAUUGAAACAUUUUCAUGAUCAAACAUUAGCUCAAGAUUAUGUUUGUAAAAUUUGUCAAUUUAUUGUCGUUGAUCCAAGGGAACACAAUGUAAUUGGAUCGACAUUUACCUGUGCAUCGUUAUUUUGUUACAAUUGUAUUUGUAAUUGGAUUAAAUCGGGUAAAAGUUACUGUCCAUCUCCAGGAUGUUUGACUAUUGGAUUUGAGGAAUCAGCUUUUCGGGAGAUUGGUGCUCGAGAUGUAUCUCGAUUAUCGGGACUGAUGAUGAACUGUCCUUUUUCGUGUGGAUUAAAACUCACUUAUUCUGAUUACACUUUUCUAUCUCAUCGGAACCAAUGUCCAUCUAAUCCAGAAAAUAUGUGUAAGAUUUGCAAGUCACCGAAACUGGACUCUGGCGGUGUACAUGAUUGUAGAAUCGUUUUCAAUGAGAUGAGACAGAAAAUAGACUCAUUGAACAUCAAAGUUUCUAAGUUAACUCUUGUGAUUGACCAGUUACGAAGCGAAUCGAAUGCUAAGAAGGAGACAACGUCCACAACUGAACAAACCGUUAAGAAAAAAGAGAUCUUCAGACAGGAUAUAAAAGGAGAAAUUACUAAGCAAAACUCAUCGAGUAAUGAACAAGUGAUCAAUGUAAUCAGAUCAAAAGCGGAAAAUCUCAGUCAAAAAGAAAUGGAUAAAGUAUUUACCACUUUUUAUUCAAAUAGUUUUUGGUCUAAUGGUAAAUAUGGUUCAUCUGCUGGCAUUAAUUUGGCUUUCCAUUAUGGUGAAAGGUCAAUCAAUUUCUAUGAUAUUCAAUCUACUUGUACCAUUCAAAGCCUUCGAUCACAAAUUGCCGACAAAUUAGGCCACGAUCCUGGCCAAAUGCUGUUCAUGCAACACAGGUCACUCUACAAAAGUAAUAGAGUUGGCUAUUGUGGCUUCCAAAUGGGGAACAAUGUGAUCACAAUACUUCCGAUUGAUACUCCGAAUUAUGGUGAACCAGAUUGUCUCCGAAUGACUCUCCAUUUGCCAAGUAAAAGUAGAUCAAUGGUCAAUAGUAAGCAGAGUAGAUUGUUGAACUUUUAUUCCAACAAUUUGGAUUCUCAACAAGGAGCCAAUCGAAUUAAAUUGACUCUUGUUUCCGACAAUUCAAGUUUCAUGAUGGAUUCAGUAGAAGAUAAACUUACCAUGGGAGAUAUUUGGUAUCGAUCAACUCGCUCUUUUGGAAAUGAUCCAAUUAAUAUGGUUUAUUUGACUCACUUGGUUCUCGAAGAUAAAAUGACUGUUAAUCAUUAUGGUUUCCGAAAGGGAACAACUGACAUCACUUUGGUUCCAGUUAAUUGUCACCUUAACUAUGGUGCUAAUGGUGCUCUUCAUUUAAAAAGAUUCGAGACAAAUACAAAUCAUGCAAACAAAUCAUCACGUGAAUAUCGCCCAUAUCACUCGUAUUACAAUUUUUUCGAAAAUAAGUUCAAAGAGUGACCACAAUACGCACAGGAGUAACUAAUUUUCAAUUACUUAUAACAAGCGCAUGAAAUAAUACGGACAUUAACCCCAUUUAGAUUUAGUUGAUUAGAAAUUUGCAGUUGUAAUACCAAUUACUUGUGAUUUGAUUGAAGCAAAUUUGAGUAAAUCACAGUAAUCACUUGAGCCUUUUUUGAAUUGGUCAUCAUUUUGAUUGAUUGUGAAUACUUUUUGUAUACAAAUGCUGUAAGUAGUAUGAGUAUGAUUGUGAUUAUGAGAUGAUUCAAGCCGAUGUAGGAGAGAUUGAUUUGGGUUUCAUGUCAAUUGGUAUUUCUGCCAUUUCGGUUUCCGUCUCAUCGUCUUUAAGGGGCAAUUCAAAGGCCGCGUUACUUGGUGCGACAACCAAUGAAUCCCAUACGGACAUGUUGUUUGUGAUUCCAUAAACAUCGGGUUCAAGACCGAGAAUGACUUUGUAACCUUCACCGUAACAAUUGUGCUGUUAUACAAAUCGAAUCAAUUUGUUGAACCAAAGUGAGAAUAACCGUCAAGGCGAAAGAUCAGCAAAUCCUUCAAAUCGAUUGCAAACAUCCUUUAAAACUCUAAUAAGAACCUUAACUGUGGACAGAUUUACGGACUCUUCGAACUUAUAAUUAUCAUAGUUCUCUUUUUGAAAGAUCCAAUACAUCUAGUUAAUACACAAUAAAGAGAAUUAACAAGAGAAACAAUACAUCAUCAAUAUAAGAAUAAAUUGAUGUCACAAAUGUCAAUAAUUAACUAAAA